GAGGCUGAAGACAACCGCACCCCUAAGCCACCUGGAUCGCGACCUUCGACCUAGCUUGUCCAUUGUCCCAAAUCCCCCCCGUUCAAUUCGCCAACUACCUCUCGCAGAGGGAUUCAACUUGCAACCAUGACCGCCCUAUUCAACUUCCAGUCGCUCCUCCUCGUCAUUCUCCUCCUCAUCUGCACAUGCGCAUACGCGCACCAGCUCAUGCCAGCCAUCAUGGACCGGAACAAGGACGGCGUCAUGGGUAUAUUUUGGAAGUUCGCAAGAGUAGGCGAACGGUUAAGUCCAUACAUUAGCUUAUGCUGUGUCGUCAUGGCGGCAAGUCUCCCUUCUCUCCGUUCUUCCUCUUUGCACUUUCUAACUGGCCUACGAUAG